UUUAUAGAGAAACAGUUUGAAAACUUACUUAGAAGAUAUGGAGUGAAGCAUAAAGUAGCAACACCUUAUCAUCCUCAAACUAAUGGGCAAGCUGAGAUAUCUAACCGGGAAAUUAAGUCCAUAUUGGAAAAGACUGUAUCUACUUCAAGGAAGGAUUGGGCGUUGAAACUAGAUGAUGCUUUAUGGGCAUAUCGAACUGCUUAUAAAACUCCUAUUGGGAUGACCCCAUUUCGAUUAGUUUAUGGUAAGCCUUGCCAUCUUCCAGUUGAACUAGAACAUAAGGCUUAUUGGGCAAUUGCAAAUUUGAAUAUGGAUUUUAAAGAAGCAGGGGAGAAAAGGAAGCUUCAGUUGAACGAACUUGAUGAAUUAAGGAUGGAUGCAUAUGAGCAUGCUAAAUCUUACAAAGAAAGGACAAAGAAAUGGCACGAUCAACACAUUCUUCGUAAAGACUUUAAUGUGGGAGAUUUGGUUUUGUUGUUCAAUUCAAAAUUAAAACUUUUUCCUGGGAAGCUUAAGUCAAGGUGGACGGGUCCAUAUGAGAUAAAGAAGGUUUAUCCUUUUGGAGCUGUAGUUGCAAUUCGUGCCAAAGAAGCCGAACUUCUGGCUGCUAUUAUUCCUCCCCCUUCAAUCGAAGAGCCGACUCCUUUAGCGGAGGCACCCAGUUCCUUGGGGGUUCUUGAAGCUCUUGAAGCUCCUGAAGGUCCUUCUACAGAGAUCCUUGCUAUUUCUCUACCCACUGUUACUUCACCAAUGGCUACUACUGCUUCCUCAUCUGCUCCUCUUCCCCUCAUGGAACUCACAUCUUUCGGUAGCCCCAAUAAAUCAAUAGCUGAACUUGUUACCGGCAAACGCCCGGGGCGUAAACUUACCAGAAUUCCUCCAUCCAAAAGGAGGCUUGUCCUUCCGGCUGAUGAACAGGUUUCAGAAGGUUUUGUUCCUGCUGAUCCUCCUUCUGAUGAACCUACGUUGGCCGAACUCUACCCUUCUCUCAGUUUUCCUGCCUCACCCUUCUCUAAUGCCAGUGCUUCUGGAGGUUCCUUCACCAGCGAUUGGGAUGAAGUUUGUCCCAUUUUUGAAGAACUCAAUACUUCUGAGACAAUUGAUCGUUUCUCCCAUAGGGAGAAUCAGCGAUGGAUGGAAAACAUGAGCUUAUCUUGA